AUGCUAUCUAUAUGCGGGAGGAGGUUCUUGACGUAUGACGGUGACUGGUGGCGAUUGAACGACGUGGGUAGUGUGAACAACCGUAGUACGUGGCGGCGGGUCCGAGCAGCAGUCGCAGCACAGACAGGGGAUGCAGCAACAGCAGCACGGACGACACGAUAUGUUGCAACCCAUUCUGAAAAUGAAAUAAACAGAGUUGAAAAUUUCAUUCUGAAAAUGAAAUUAAUAGAGAUGAAAAUUUCAUUCUGA